AUGGUGGAGCUCAUAAUAGAAAAUAUACUCUCUACCAAUGGGGAGCGGCAACACUCGUCAGACGCAUGCAGCCUGCAUAAAAUUUUACGCGAAGAAGAGAAUGAAUUAGCAUCAUGGGAUAUUAAAGUCAUCCGGCGGCGCGUUGCCGCCAUGUCUCCAAGAGAGAAGCGGUUUAUAUUGCACGUCUCUCUUGUAUUCUUUGCCAUAGUAAUAUUUUGUCUCGCGCUUUAUUAUAUUCCGACCUUUCUUUACGUUGCUUUAAUCCUCGCAGUUUGUUGUUCCGUGUGUUAUUGUCAUAACGAAGAUUCCCUUUACGCCAGAUUAGGCCUGAAUCCGCGGAGUGGACUGACGAUCCCGCCCGUGUUCCGCCGCUGGUUGACGGGGAGGACCGCGAUCGGCGUUACGUCGUUUGCGCCAGGGCGGCCGAGAAGUCGUGCCGUCAAAGCCGAUGACAGAGAGUCGGAUUUGUAUUCCCGCCAAAGACUAUCCAACACCGACAUUUACCGGAGAGAGUCAUUAGGACGGGAAUCGUUUUUCUUCAGCCCGCGGAAUAUACACAUGGGAAGUUACAUCGGGAAACCAGAGAGCCCGGCCGGCAUUGUCGAGAGGCCGAACACGGGCAGAGUUGCCAUGGUGAACCCGAACCCUCCUGUGCACCUCCGGGAAAGAGUCUCUCGACCCAGCCAGGCGGGAUAUACGCAUACCCCGACCAGAAAGCUGUCAUUCUCGGCGGAGUCCCUGGGUACUACGGGAAGAUUCACUAUCACCCCCCAGCGUCACUACCCACUGCAGCAGUCGGGCACCUCUAAAGUGGGUGUCUUGCCACCAGUCCAGUGGGACAGCUUCAAAAAGAAAAACAUUCUCAGCCCUCGCAAUGCCCUAGCCCAUCACAGUCUGGUCACAAUUAAGAUUGCCAGGCCGGAUCACAGCACCCCAAGAUCUCCAUUAGUGGACUGUUUGAGUUCUCCUGGAGGGUUAGGCUCACCAAGCCAGGAGACCCCUGCAGAUCCCUGCUCCAGGGACACCAUUCUCAAGGUGCUCAAGGAGAGCCGCAAGAGAGAGGUAGAAGUGGAUGAUGACGGAAGUUUUACAGCUGAGCAGAAAAAAAGAAGGCGGAGUGACAGUGGUGGGAGUGCCCAAUCUGCUUUUGAACCCCUUUUGCCCAACGGUGUGCCAUCACAACUUGUGCCUAUGCCAGGGACCUUGAAGCGAGGAGUGACGUCUGUGGCAGAAGAGACCACCAUUAAGAGGUCUCGGACAUCCUCCAUCAGCUCCGGGAGCUUUGGCCAGGUCCCCAGUGGUACCCUAGGCUCAGCACGCAACCCCAUCAGCAGUUCUUACAGUUCUUCCCGAAGCUUUGGCCAGAAAAAGAGAGCCUCAGAACACAGCUCCCCUCUUUCCAGCCCUGGAUCAUCUCGCUCUCAGACCCCAGAGAGAGCCUCCAAAAAAAAAAGAGAAGAUGAUCUCCAGUCUCCUAGUUCUGCAUCUUCAGCAAGGUCUGACAAGACGUCCAUGGACCCUGCUCCUGUAAACUCCAAAGUGAUCCCUGACCCCAAGGUCCCGCUCGCUGCCUCAUUAGACUCGGCUGCCAGCAGGGGUGGAGUGCGUAUGCGGAAGAUCCAGUUGGUGACCAGUAACCGCACUGAUGAAAUCCUUCUGCCCCCACCUCUCGAACUAGGCUACACCAUCACUGCGGAAGACAUAGACCUUGAGAAGAUAGCUGUCCUGAGCCAGAUCAAGAAGAUCUUUGAGGAACCUACACCAGAGCCAGACAAACCUGGACCUUCCCUGGACAGGACGACCUCCUCCUCUCAGGUUACAUCAUCUGUUGACUCCACUACUACCCUAAGCAGCCUGCUUGCAGCGCCUCUGCCCAUAGUGUCAACACCUGCCAGUGUGGCAGCACCCAUCCCGGUAAUUAACCUGGAUCCCUCUCCAGCCAGCAGUGUGAGCACACUGCCAUCAGCGACAACUAUGCCUGCCUCUAACCCACUGUUAGAGGCUCUGAAGAUGAAGAGCAAUACUCUAUCUAGCACUGCAUCGGUUGUCACCACCAUGGCAGCAUCAAUUGCAUCCAUGGAGCCAAGUGGUCAGACACUGAAGCCCUCCUCUACCGAGGAUGCACCACAACAGACCCCAGCCUCCCUCUCCCAGUCCACCUCCACUGGCCAAAGCCAGCCUUCUGGCAGUGUGCCCUCUGCCUUCACCCAGGUACUGGGCCAGACCACCAAAGCUCCUAGCAGUGCGCCUAUUGUGGCUGGAGCUAGCCUGUUUGGACUAGCCAGCCAGCUAACUGCACCUGCAGUAUCUUCAAUCUCCACCAUCCCUGCCACAAGUGUUGCUUCAGCCACUAGCACAGAGUCAGCAGGCAGUGCCAACCCUCUCCUGGCAUCUGGAUUUAAGCCCAUUUUUGCGGCCACCACCACCUCCUCAGCCAUGUCGGGUCCAGAGAACAAACCUGCUGUUCCCACAUUCAAGCCCAUUUUUGGAAGUGCCACAACAGACAGUGGCUUUGGAAAGCCUCAAUCCUUCACAACGGCAUCCACUUCUGUACCUACCGCCUCUUCAACCAAUACAUCCUCAGUAUUUGGGGGAUUAACGAACAGCAGCACGUCUGCUUCAGCACCCUUUACUGGCUUGUCCAAUAUCAUAGCUGCAACAGCUGCUAUUACCAGCACCACCACUACCACAGACCCUGCUGCCCUGCCAGCUGGAAAGUCUCUGUUUGCCAACUGGGGCACCUCAUCUACAACAAGCACCACCUUAGCCUCGGGGCUUGCCCCCACUACAGGAAGUACUUUUCAGUUUGGACCUGCUGCAACCACUACUUUAGCUGCAGUGGCCCCCAGUGCUGCCCCUACAAACUCUGCUAGCAGCACCUUCACAUUUGGUGCCAUGACCACCAUGUCUACUACCACGCAACCUGCCCCUCAAACCAACACCCAGAAGGUGUUUUCCUUUGGCCAGGCAGCCUCUAACCAAAACCCAUCAACUGCAUCCUUUGGUGGCUUUGGUUUGACAAACACGAUCGCCACCACUACCAGUGCUGCCCCUGUGACUCAGGCCAGCUUUGCUUUUGGGAAAUCAUCAUUUGAACCCUCAGCAGCCCCAUCAGCCUUUCCUAGUUCAACAGCAGCACCAGUUAAACCUUUUACUUUUGGAGCCAGCGGCACUGUCGCCACAUCUGCCUCUGCCCCCACCCCUACUCCCUUCACAUUUGGGGGAGCUGCUACCACCACAGCCUCUACCUUUGGGACCUCAGCUAAACCAGCAUUUGGAGCCAACUCAACUGGCUUUGCCUUUGGGAACACCAUGGCUCCUUCAGCUGCACCAAGCUUUGGUGUAGCAACUCAGUCACAGAGUGCUCCCACAUCUACUUUCACAUUUGGCAGUACUGCACCACAGCAGGCCCACACUGUCCCUGCUCAGCAAACCUCUGGUGGAUUUAACUUUGGCGCUGCCAUUUCAGGUGCCCAGUUUGGAACACCAAUCUCCAAUAACUCUGCACCGCAGAUGGCAAGCUUCAACUUUGGGUCCGCUACUGACAAGCCAACGUUUGGCACAUCUACUCCUAGUUUUGGCCAGAGUGCUGUUGCAGGUCCUAUCCCCUUUGGAAGCCCAGGAACCCCUGUUCAAGGUUUCAACUCUGUUGCAUCCUCUCCCUUUGGGUCUUCUGCGACUCCCUCCUUCUCCAUUGGUGCAGGCUCCAAACCUUCUGGUGCCCGCCAGAGGUUGCAGGCACGGAGGCAGCAUACCAGGAAGAAGUAAAGGGGAAGGGAACUGUCAGCUUGGUCAAUACUGCUAUUAGACGGCCAAGAGAACCUCUAGGGGACAAUAACUGUUUGCUGUUGCUACUGUCAUUGCUAUGGCUAAUAUAGCUAGCAUAGCUGUCUCUUAUAACCUCCAAUGCCCCUAGUCCAGAACACCAUGACUCCUUCAGUUGGUUUCUUUUCCUCCUUCAGUGCCAGGCUGGUUAGGCCCAUCCUUGUGCUUGCAGUUAGCUAUAACCCGUCAGCAGCCAGACUCCCUGCUGCUCAUUCAAUUACAUAGCCCAGCAAAAAAACUGAGCGGAAAGGAGAUGGAUCCAUAACAGUGUGUUAUACUUGAAAAAAGAGAAGACUAUUGAGACUGUUUUAUUCUGAACAAAAAGCAUAUCCAAACUUAACCACAUUUUUUCUGUUUAUUUCACAGAAUACCAAUUGUUCUGUCCCAUGUAGAAAGUCAAGUCAGACAAAAGUAUGGACGCCAAACCUCUGCUAAAACAUUUAUUUUUUAUAUGAAGCACGAAUGGUGUCUGUAAACAAAUGUAUCAGGUCGGAGCAUAUUCUCGGAGUAUGUUGUGUCCAAGUAGAGCUUAAUGCACAAUUUGUUCAAACAAUAACACAUCCUCAAAAUACAAACUGCAGUGUAAAUGUUCAGUUUUAAAUCGUUACAUUUUACAUGGUGAUGAUUGGCCCUUUGUUAAUAAUUCAUUGCUGCACUAAACGGUAACAGCAACAGUCUUUGAGUGCUUACCGUAGUCAGUCCAGAUCCUAGCGUUCUUGUUUUAUUUGCUCUAUCAAUGUUGGCAUUCCCUGCUUUCCCUACCUUCCCUGCAAAGUCCCUUGUUGGGCAUUUGCUUUCCCUAUAGCACCAAUUAUCUCCAUUAUCCUCAAAGUGAUGUGAUUGAUUGCCAACGUGAUCUAUUUAUUAAGUCAAUAAUCCAUUCAGACAACUACUUUCUAGACCAGUGCUUAUAAACCAAAGCUCAUUCUUACAUUUAACACCUUUUCAAAUGUUUUAUCUUAAUACCAACUUUUAAACCCUGUCAUGUUUCAAUUUUACCAGACUACCUCUCCUGCAUCCAAUUUUUACUGUCACCACAAUGUGGGAUGACAUUCAAGACAGGCACUGAACCUUUUUGACUGAAAAAUUUACAUCUUACAGGAUUUUAGAAAGUCCAGUUGACUUUUCUGUUGGUAUACUCCUUACACCAAUAAAAGGACGGAUACACUUAUACAAAUCGGAUAGUAAGUUGAACAGUUGGGUCAGAAAAAUAUUUAAUCAUUUGAUCUGGCUAUUGUUCAGGUUAAUUGCCAACCCAUUUGCAAAUUGGUGUAAUUCUUGGAGGAUUCCGCCUUGACUGCAAGUUAUGAAGUACAUGAUUGGCUUGAAUGGAAACAAGUACCAUCUACAGUAGUGUUUCCCAACCCCAGUCCUCAAGGCCUCCAUGUCUUGCAGAUCUUUGUAACCCUGCAUAGGGAGGCCCUCAUUGUACUUUUUCAACCAAUCAUAGCACUUAAUUGUCAGGUGUGUCAAAUCUGAUGAAAUUAAGUGCUCAUUUGUUGAGUAGAGCCUGGGUUGGAAAACGCUAAUUUACAGCAGUUCUCAAACUGGUCCUCACUUAGCACCAGUGCUGUUGGUUUUCUGAUCUCCCAGAGAGUUAAUUACGUUCACCUGCUGUUCCGACAUACAGGUGAACACAAUUAGCCACAUGGCAGAACAGAAAACCAGCAGUGCUCAGCAUACCCAGACUGCUUUGAGAACCGCUGGUCUAGAGUUUUCAGUCUAUCAUUAUGUAACCAAAGUAAAAUUAUGGAAUCAAAACAUCAACUGUCAAAAUACAUAGUUCAGUAAAAGCUAGUAUGUGUGACCAUGAUAGUGGCAGUCAGCAUGGAGAAGCUGCUGUGGAUUCCAACUUUUGCUUCAGGGUGGCAUUUAAACACCUGAGGUGUUAACACACAAACUCCUUUAAUCAGUUAUUCUUGGGUGCAGCUCUUUUGACAGGCUAUGUUCAAAAACAAAAACGCAACCCCAUUUCUAUUUUAGUUGUACAACAUAAAGCAAAUUUUGCUUAACGCUUUAGAAAGGUUCAUUUCCCUGCAUCUUUACACUAGCGUUACUAAAGUAAAAUGAGUUGAUUAGCCAUCUAAAAUCAGCCUCUGAUUGGAGGUUCCACACACAGCUGUUGUUGUAUUUAAAAAAAAAAAAGAAAAAAAGAAAAGUGCGCUCAGUAAAAUCAUCCAACCUGCAUUCCUCCCUUGUAUGAUUCCUAACAACUUCAUAUCUUCCUCUUUUUUGGUUGUUUUUGGUGGUCGCUUGUAUGUAGAUCUGUGAGUGUGUAUACACACAAAUACAUACACAUUUUUAAAGGCCCAAUCCAGAAUAAGAUAUGACACCACUUGUGGUUCCAAGACUGCACUGGUUUUUAUCAACUGGUUUGAAGUUUGAAAAUAAUUCACCAUGAAAGAUUUUGGUAGCAUUGGACAGGCACACAGAUUGCUGGUUGAGUUUGGUAAUGGGAUGCUACCACUUGAAUUUUUUUAUUGCUAUCAUAUCAAAAUUAACCAGCAAAUUGACUCAUAGUGGGACCUGAAAUGGCUACUUAUUCAACCUGUCCUUCCAAAUCAUCUGAAUCAAACUCCAGUUGACACCAAAAAAUAAUCCUGGAUUGGGUCUUUAUUAAAUAUUGAGGAAUGUGCUUUGUGGUUUGAGUACUGAACUCUUCAAUUUUACACACAUGCCUGAGAAGUGUUUUCGUUCAUAAAUGCUGGAUUGAAACUCAGGACUAAAGGGAAGUGAUGGGGAUAUUAUCUUCUUUAAUGACAAACAAACAUGUGCUUAAUAUUUUUGCUAACCGGGGACAAUGAAUGGAGAUGAUGGAGCACCUUUCAGCUCCCUUCAAAAGCAAGUUGGGAUCUAGAAUAUUGAUUUUUAGCCAAAUGAACUGGACAAGUCAGUUAGUGAUUCAGAGAUGUGUGUUUUAUAUGCAGGGCGUGAUUUGGACAAACUAGUGGCAACAAAUGCCAAAAAAACAAAAACAAAACAGAUGGAUGAGAAAAUAUUUUUUAUUUUUUGUAUGUCAAGUAGGGUUGUUUGGAGUCUCUUCAUCCUUCGCUUAUAAAGGCAGUCAAAAGAUAGUCAAAACCUGUAUAUUAGUAAGACUUUCUUAAAAAAACAAAAUUCAUUACAUUAAUCAUAUUGCAGUGGUGGAAUAAAAGUUUCAAAGUUCUCCUUAAAGAUUUAUUUCUUUAAUACAUUGGAGCACACUGGCUGGUGGAGUAAUCAUGAAUGUGAAUGGUGUUUGAAUUCAUUGUGAGCAGUCUUUCCCUGACAUGUGUAAUGAUGUGUGUUGUGUGGGACUUGUGGAAGUGCUUGUCCACAAUGACAAAUGUGAGCCUGUUGUGCCAAUAUGUUUAUAUAUCUGGGUUUUUUUCCUCUUUGCACAUCAUUCCAAAUUGUUAACAGAUGUCAGUGUCAAAUGCACCUGUGCUUCACAGGAAUAGUAUAAUUUAGGUCAGACCCUCAUUUAUUUUCCUUAAUUGCAGACUGACAUUCCAUUUUCCAUAUUUUUGUCCAUCAAGGCCAUAAUAGUACGUGAUAAGAAGUUGUAGUUAAAAAGGGUUUGUGAAAUUUGUGGCCAAUGUGCUCUCACGACAUUCUGUUUGAGUCUUAAUUCUUAAAUGAGGAGCACAAAGAAGAGUUUAAAUAAUCUGCAGGCAAUAUAAGCAUUUUGUGAAUAUAGGGAUGAGCUCUAUUUGUAAGUCUUAACAUGCCCUUUUAAAGGGGACAGACCUCUUAUUUGUGAAGAAGGUAUGAUUCAGCCUUAAGUGUCAAAUGUUUAGUAGGUCAUUUUUGGAUUGCAGGUGUGUGAAUUUAACAAGCAUCUUUGAAUUCUACUCAAAGUAAUCAAAAGCUGGAGUUAAGAGUGUUUAGAGUGUCUGUUGGCUAGAUGUGCCUGUGAUCUAGGGACAUGUAUUGUGUGUGAGCAUAUGAGUGCACGAGUGCAUAUGUCUGCAUUUUAGACAUUGUAUAUUGAGUAAAUGUGCAGGUGUGGAUAGGGCAAUGUAUUAUAACCUUUCCUCUAUUCAUGAUGUCUUGAAAUGUAUUUGUUUCAAAUAAAACAUGAUAAAUGACUGU